AACACAAAAUAUCAAAGGGUAAUGCCGUCACAAAUACAAGUGGCUUUAGAUCUGUGAUGUCCAAACAGGUUGAGCUAAACACAGCUGUCAAUAAACAGGAAAAUCAUGCUGGUAUGUCUAAAAAGGCCAAGUCUAAGAGGUUUAGAAAGUCUAAGAUCCAGACUCAUCCACCAUCUUCAAAUGAGUCCUCUCUUAAGUCAUCAGAUGAGGAUGAGGAGGAUGACAUAACCACCAGCCGGCUCUCCUCUAAAUGUGUAAAGCUUGGCCAUCAGAGUUAUGUCAAACAAGAAGUCAGACAUGCUGCAAAUAUUUCUACCACAGUGUCAACGAGCAAAUUUAAAAUGAAGACAUCUUUUGCUGGAACUCAGGGUAAAAGUGAAGUUAAAGUCAGUAGAGAUUGCUCCCAAAAAAGACACUCUUUAUCCCCUCAAGCAUUGUCACAAAGGACAAAUGUAGAAAAAAACAUCCUGAAUGCAAAGAAAAGUGUUCCACAGCAAGACCCCCAUAUGCAUUUUGCUUCCAGUGACAUCAACCCAUUUGUUCACCAGUGGCAAGGCAACGACUCAGACCGACACUGUAAUAAGAACCCAGCAUUUGGGAGUGCUGCUGACCUAUCUUGUAAAUCUCCACUUUUAAACAGCGCUGAGAAACGUAUAACAAGAUGCUGUAGCGUUGACAAUGGUUUGAACAGGCAGAACUCUCCUUUUAAUUCCCAUCUGAGCACUUACGCCACCAACAAGGGGCUCUCCAGUACGCUUAGCAGCAUGGAGGAUUAUAAGGGACAAGUCAACUGUCAACAGUCGUCUGUUGAUAUUCACAAUCAUAUAGCCAACCUGACAGUGACCGACAUUUCUUCAAGUAACAAUCAUUCUGGGGUUUUUGGUAACAACUCCAGUCAGGUGGAUGAAAUUAUGUUUGUGUACUCGUCUGAGCAAGAGUCUCACACAAGCAAAUCACAGGCCCACAGAAGGAGGACAUGUGAGCAUGGCACUCAAACAGAGCGUGGCCUUCAGACGGUAAAUAAUGGUAACACCAGUAGUGCUCCAAAGAGGAGAGAGCAGCACAAAAAGAGUAAUACUGAUGUACCUGCAACACAGAAAGUUAAAGUAGACAUUAAAAAGUCUCCAACAUGGGCCAGUAUGGAAAGCAUGUCGGCUCACCUCUCGAAGCUUAUUGACAGCACCUCAGACCUGCUGGGAGAUGUCCAGGAAAUGAGAACAGGCAAAUCCCUCAAGUCAAGUCUGAGGAGUGUCAACUUGUCAAAUAUGAGCAUGUCUUACAGUGAGUCUAAUGACUGUACACAGAGAGACUGCUCAACUCAAACAGCCAUAGAUGUUGGGAUCCAAACAGAAAGGUCUCCAACACCAGCAGAGAAGAAAGUCGCUGCUCAUCACCCAGUGAGAGGUCCAAAACCUCAUGAAGUCAAUGUGAUAGUCAAAGUGAUUGGUUCUGAGGUUGUCACUGUGUCCCAAGACAAACAUGUGCACUGUGCGGUGAAGAGUACCGAUGAAAAAAUGCAGAGCAUGCCUGAGCUGAGCUUUAACACCUCUGCUGUAUGUCAAAGACGUUUAAGAUCUGCUUCUUCUAGAGGCUCAAAGCAAAGCACGCCCGAGGCACUGUGCCAAAAGAUUGCUGCAGUAUCUGAAGUCUCCCGCAGAUCAUCAAAAAACGCCUAUCAAGAAAAUCACAGUCCCUCUUUAAGAAAUGACCCAUUGCUUUCUUUAAAGAAACAAGCUACAUACACAGACCGUGCAUCAUCUCCUAUACUGACUGUGGGAAUAAGAUUGCAAAGAAGCAGACGGGAAAACCAAUCAACACUAAAUACACACAAUCAUUCUGAGAGAGACAGCCUUACUGUGUCUUCGAGCAAACACUUAGCUUGCACAGCUGUUUCAGAGGAUGAUCAAAUGCCCAGACCGGAUUGUGAUGUUUCCUCUUGUACAUCGGAAUCUGUAUCACUUGAGAGGGUGAGUGAAAUGAGUUGCUCAAGCCCUAAAGGCUCUGAUAAGUGCUCUUUCAGCUCAUCACUGGAUAGAUAUACAGACACUGACAGGGGAAAUGGUAUCUAUAAAGACUCCAAAUGGCAGAUGAGCUCUCAGCAGUGGCGGACUUCUGCUCCAACAAAAGGUUUAACUAUGCAGAACCACAUCUCUCCGACUGAUGUGCACAAACACCAGGCCAAAGCUAGACAUGGAAAAACAACAGCACCUGCAGUUGAUUUUGGCGAUUUUUUCUUUGAUUCCCACAACCCAUCCCCGGUCAGCAAAAGAACUGUUCAACUCCAGGAGGAUGACGUGGUGUCGAUGACACCCAGCGAGUGCAGCACAGACAUCCUCGUAAACAUUAAACCCAUCUCCAGCGUGUCCCGGUAUCAACACCACCAGAUGGACCCAGAGGACCUGCCCAUGCACAAUAAGUUCACUAACUGGUCGGGAAUUAACCUUCAGCACUCAAAACACUCCAACAAAGGGAACACAUUUCGUACCAAAGAACACGACAAGAGUGAAAACAAUGCCGAGUGGGGAGAAAUGGAGAGCUGCGACUCAAAUGUAGAGUUCAUUGCCCAGAGCGGCAGAAGGACAAGAGAGAUAGAGAGGCUGCGACAGGAGAGAGAGCAGGUGAUGGCAACAGUCAACCUCAGCAUGAACCCGACACCGCUGACUGUGGAGCUGACAGAGGCUAAGCUUCACUACGGCCUUGGAGAGACGGAUACACUGUUAAAGAUGCUGUCCCCGAGGACGAGAGAAGAGCUGGAGACACCGACCUGUGCAACUACCAAACAGCAGCUGUAUGACCGACACCGCAGGAGUAUUGAGGGUUUAAGGCAGGACAGGGAGGAACGCCUCCGGACUCACCGGAGAGCUCGUAGUCUGAGCCCGAGCAAACAUCCCCGCUCCUCUCCACCAGAGGCUGGCUCCAAGGUUUCUGCUGCCAUACCCAGUCGACGUAAAGAAUACCUACAACAGCUCCGCCAAGAGGUGAUAGACAGCUCCAGAAUAUCAGACCUCCCACGAGGAGAGGUCCAGUGUCCGUCUGACAUUGAGCAGAUGUUGCGCGACUACGGCCGAGCCAGGGAGGAGGCCAGGACUGAGAUUGCGAAAGCACGAGAACGACUGCGAGAAAGGACUGAGCAGGAGAAGAGGAGGCUGCAGCAGCAGGCCCUGUCUCAGGAAGCCAAGGACGACCCGAGGCAUCGGACAAGAAUCAGUAACAGCACCUUGUGCACAGGGUCCAGCAUGAGUCUUUCCUCUGGACCAACGUCAGGGUACAACAGUGGCAAUAUUGCCCAGCUACAGCAUGGCAACAGGCCUCUUCUGACUGGACAGAUCACAGGGUUCCAGAACGAAGGGCUGAAGGUCAGGACACGUCCUCCCAUAUGUGGUCCACAAAGUGUGAAGUCACAGAGAGCAUGGCUGUCUGCCCAGGAUGUCUGCCUUGAGCCUCCUGUCACCGGGUUUCAGCCCCUGAUGACCUCAUCUCCAUCACCCCCACCUUGUACACGUCACCGCAUCGCUUCCUUUGGCUCCAACUCUUCCAUAUCCACAACCUAUCAGGAUAUUACAUCUAGUCUCCUCAGUCGAGCUCUGGCUGAGGUACAACUGGCUUCCUCUGGGGAUUUGAGCAACCUGCUAAUGGGCAAGGCCACAGCAGGCUGGAGCUACCAGGGAGAUGAAGGCGGUAUCCAGGCUUACUACAAGCCCUCCUCCUGCCCAUCUGUCCAUGGUUUCCUUGGGGCCGGGGAGCUGGACAGACCCCUGGACAGUCUGUGGAACAUCAUCUGCCAGCUGUCCAAGAGCCACAUGUAUCAUCAGUCGCUCCGUUCUGUCUGGACACGCCCACUGGAUGACAACACUCAGCUGGUUUAUAUACUAACAGAUCCGUCCACCUGCCACCUCAGCCAGCCGCGGGACUUCUGCUGCAUCAGCACCGAGUCCAAACAGGCUCAAGGUGGCUUGUCUGUGCUGGCAAUGCAGUCUGUGUUCGAGGAGUCUCUGCCUCGUCCCAGUGUGGAUGCCGUCCGAGGGGAGAUGAUGCCCAGUUGCUGGAUCCUGCAGCCAAUUAUACAUGAUGGACAGGAAGCCACCAGGGUCAUCUACCUGCUACAAGUGGACCUAGGAACUCCAUCCUUUCCUCAUCGAAUGUUGAACACUGUUUCCAGAAGACAGGCAGCUGUCAUCGCUGGUCUUGACGCUUUCCUCGCUAAAUCUACAGGACUCACGAAGACGCAUUAGCAGGGAGCCCUAAGACUAAACUGGCUCCAGCUCUGCCUUUUAAAUUUGCACCUGAAAUGCGUUUACUUGAUUGUUUUUUAUUAUUCCAUGAGCACUAUUCUACUGUUUCCCAGUUACAAAGUUGAAGCAGCUUUCUUUCUUUUUUAUAUGAAGGUAUUUUUUGAUGAAAUAUUGAAACUGUAUUUUUAUAUUUGUGAUGUACAUGAGUGCUUGUAACAAUCAUAAUCCUAUUUUACCAAAGAUUGAUUAGAAGUAUAAGAGACUUCAUGUAGCUGUGCAGCCUUGAUAGUUAAUCAUCAAGCUGUCUAAACCUAAACAAAGUUUCCCCACCUAAUCCAUUCAUUCAUGAUGACAUAUUUAUAUUAUAAUAUUUAUAAAGUAUCAGCUAUUUAACUCCCUUAAUUCCCUUUUAUCAACAGGGUGUCUAUUGAUUUCUACCAUAUUGUAACAUGAACAGCCAAAUAUGUUAAAGUCAGCAAGGACGUCAUAGCUAGCAUAGAACAUUUAAAUUACAGUCAAAGAGUUGGUCAACAGAUAGUCAAGUUUAUACUGAUUUGAUGUAUUUUAACUAAUAUAAGUGUAUUUUCACCUGUGUUUAUAGAUAGAUGCAGCCAGCUAGAGGCCCAUGUCCCUGUAACUGAGAUUAGGACCUUAUACAGAAGGCAGUAUAACAUUGGCUUGCUCAUGCUGUUUUUGCAAACACUUAAAUGCUUUGUUUCAUCGUAGACGACGAGGGGGGUUUGCCAGAUAUGACUAAAUAAAAGCUGGAACUCUGAGACAUACUUGGGGUGGAAAGUAUCCGUAGGUCAGUUGAGUAUAUUUUGCGUGAAUGUCAACUGAGGUGACACAUAAAUGAAGGAAAUAUUUGCAAAUACUGUGUACUGCAACCCUGAUUUGUAUGGACUAAUAUAAUCUGGCACUGCAUAUUUUAACCACUCAAAAACCUUAAUUCUGCUGAAAACGUGCAUCAAAUGUCCUUUAACAUUUUUGGGGGGGCAGAUAAGGUGGCGGUAGUCCAACCUUUUUUUGGGAGAGCAGGGGAAGGUCUUAUUUUUUUCCUGUCCUGAAUUUUAUUUUUUUACUUCUACUACAGUUAAUUUUAAAGGUUUAAAGCAAACACUAAGAUCCCAGAGGAGAUAAAGUGAAAUAUAAGGUUUAACUACCUCAAUCAUUUUCCUACAGUCCCUAAGCUAUGUGUUGGAUAAGGUGGUGUAUUGAAGGAAUCCUAAGAAUUAUUUAGUCACUCUUCAGCUGUUAUUUGUAAUGUAUAGGGAGCUGCACAUGUCAAACUACUCUGCAUCACUCUCUCGCUGCAGCAAACCAGUUUAAAAAACUUGUAAAAAGUCAAAGAGCAGGAUUCCGCCUGCUCUGUAACUGUCCUCUGCUCUCCUUUAUUUUAAUUUUUGAAGCUGCAGUAAGAUAUGGACACACAAUGGUACACCUUUUUUCACCAGUUUCUGAAGUCUGUCAUAUUUAUUUUGUUCCUCUUGCCUUCAGUUUGAAAUGCUGUCAAAUGUGUUUUAUAGUUGUGUUUGGGUUAUUUUAUGAGCAUGGUGCUGUGUUCACAGCGGCUUGCACAAAACAUUUAAUGCAUUUAUUAAUGUUGCAUAUUAAAAAGGGAUUUUGUUUGAUGUGUUUGCACAGUGUUGAAGCUAUGCAGACGCUAAUCAAAUGCAGGACUGUUCUCAGUCCUAGCUCGGUCAGCUUUAUCCAGAUAUGAAGCCAUAUUAUUUACAGUAGUUGAAGGUUCAGGACAUUUUUUAGCAGUGCUUAGUUUAUGAUUAAAGAUGUUCCAGGGGGAACCAAAGAGAAAGAGACAAAUACUGAAGACACAGAGUGAAGGAACAUAGUGACUUUUUGUAGUGAUUGCUUGUUUGUUGUGUUUCUAUAGAUUUUUUAGUGUUUCAUUGUGUAAAAAGGAUUGUUAUUUAUGUGUUGUAAAUGUAUUUUAUUAUAAACACCCUGCUUCCUGUUGCUAAUAAGAUGUAAUGUGGCCCGUCCUGUGUGUUUGACCUUUUUUUUUUUACGAAUACAAUACAUAUUUUAAGU